AUGAAGCUCUUCUCCUGCCUCACGGCUCUUCUCCUCUUCCUCCUCCAGGCUGUUCCAGGUCUCAGCUUGCCCAGAGACACCUUACGUUGUGUUGGAUACCACGGUUUCUGCUUCCAUUCAAAAUCCUGCCCAGAGCCGUUUGCCGCGUUUGGAACUUGCUCUCGGCGUCAGAAAACCUGCUGCAUAGACACGACAUCAAACUUCCAUACUUGUCAAGACGAGGGGGGUCAUUGUGUACCUCCAGAAAUCAAAUGUCUGCAAGAACAAGUGGGACUUUGCCCUCACAGAGAAUGGAAGUGCUGCACAGAAGUGUAAUAAAGACCUCACGGAAUUGCAGAAAACCACAGAAAUGUACGGACAAGAAAACAAACAAGUUUUCUUCCUAGUGUUGUAGAGAAGAUGCC